AUGCGUCUUCCGUCUAUUUCCUCCCUUCUCUGCCUUGCGGGCCUAGUCACCCUACCCGUGAAUGCCUACGACGAUCCAAAUAUCAAAAGCAUCCCCCCAUACCUCGAUUCGGAUUUCCAAAGCCGCUGGUUCGACUUCGGAGGAGAUACAGUAGUCCGGGCUGACAAAUAUGUCCGCCUCACGGCUGACCGGCCAUCGCAGCAAGGAUGGAUCUCUUCCCGCGUGCCUCUGACCGCAACCAAUUGGCAGAUUGAGCUCGAGUUCGAAAUCCACGGCUCCGGAAACUUGCAUGGUGAUGGAUUUGCGCUCUGGCUCACCAAGGAGCGCGCCACCCAAGGCCCUGUCUUCGGUUCCACGGACAAAUUCGAGGGUCUCGGUAUCUUCUUCGACACCUACAAGAACAACCGCCCCGGUGUGUCGUUCCCCUACGUCAUGGCCAUGAUGGGCGAUGGGCAGACCACCUACGACCAAGCGCAUGAUGGCAAGGCGAAUGAGCUUGCCGGUUGCUCUGCUCGUGGUCUUCGUAGCGCCCCUGUUCCCACCAAAGCCCGCCUUACCUACUUCCAGGACAAGUCCCUGUCUCUGGAGCUGCAGUACAAGAGCGAAGAUACUUGGACCGAAUGCUUCAGUCUUUCCGCUGAGGAUUCUAACAUCGCCAUCCCCUCCGUCGCAUACUUGGGUCUCUCCGCCGAGACUGGCGAGCUGAGCGACAACCACGACAUCAUCUCUCUCAAGGCUGAGAACCUAUACUCCCUUAACCGCAGCAAUGCUAACAAAGGCAAGACCACGGAAGACCGGUCUAAGGGCCGUGGUCGCUCCUCAGCCAAGCCUAUCAAGGAGCCCAAGGAGAAGAGUAGCUGGACUUGGUUCCUCUUCAAGACCGUGCUGUUCUUCGCUGUUAUUGUCGCUGGUUACUUUGGCUGGACGAUCUACCGGACCAAGGCCCGGUCAUCGCGUUUCUAA